AUGCACUCUUCAGUAUUCAUAUAUGGCGCUGCCUUACUUCUCAUCAUCUACACCCUGCGCUGGGUGUGGCAUCUUUUUACGUCGCCAACGCGAGCGAUACCAGGACCAUUUGUAGCCCGAUUCACUCGUUUAUGGUAUUUCAAGCAUGUCCGCUCCGGGUCUUUCCACCACGAAAACAUUGCGCUCCAUGAAAAGUAUGGGCCAAUAUGCCGUGUAGCGCCAAACCUCUACUCAAUAUCGUCACCCGACAAGACUGUUUAUGGCAUUGGGUCAAAAUUCCCGAAAGGUGACUGGUACCAGGGUUGGAAACAUCCAAGUCCAGAUAGAUGGACACUCUUCCCAGAACAGAACAUGAAACGACAUGCCGAGACUCGGAAACGCUUCCAGAACUUGUACAGCAUGAGCUCUCUACUCUCCUAUGAGGGAUACGUCGAUGACUGUAUCGACAUAUUUAUCAACAAGCUCAAGCAAUUUGCACGGUCAGGGCAGGUUGUAGACCUUGUUCACUGGUUCCAGUGUUACGCUUUCGAUGUCAUGGGAGAGAUAACAUACUCUGAGCGCUUUGGAUUCCUGGACAACGGUGAUGAUAUCGAAGGAACAAUGGCUGCCCUUGACCGAUCUAUGCUUUACUCCACGCUCGUGGGCAUCUUUCCCUACCUGCACCCAUAUUUAUACGCAAUAAUGGAGAAACUUCCAGGAACGGGUGCUGCUGGUCGCACCUAUCUCAUGAAAUUUGUUCAGAAGAAAAUAAACGACCGGAACCUGGCGAAAAAGCAAGGUACACACGAUAUGCGGAGUAAAUCGGCAGACAAUGAUGUGGCUCCACAAGAUUUUCUCGAUAAGCUUUCGGAAGCGCAACAGGUCAACCCUGAAAAAGUGACUCCUUACCAUAUUUUUAUGAUGGGAUUAAGCAACAUAAUCGCCGGCUCGGAUACUACGGCAGUUUCUCUUUGUAGUGUCUUCUUUCACCUGUUGACAUCGCCAUCGGCGCUUCAGAAACUGAGGCAAGAAAUCGACCAGAAGUGCCCUCAGGGUCAGAGGGUCACGUUCAAGAUCUCGCAAGACAUGCCUUACUUGCAGGCUGUGAUUAAGGAAGCACUUCGGCUACAUCCCGCUACAGGACUACCUCUCUGGAGAGUUGUUCCUGAGGGUGGAUUUCACAUCGAAGAGUACUCUUUACCUGCGGGUACGAAUAUUGGUAUCAACACAUGGGUUGCGCAUUACGAUAAGAGGAUUUACGGAGAUGAUGCUCAUCUGUUCCGACCAGAACGAUGGGAAGAGGCAAAGGAAAAUGAUAAGAUGCGUUACCAAGCGAUGGAAGCCAACUUCAUGCCGUUUGGCCUGGGUUCGAGAACCUGUCUAGGGCGUCACAUUUCGACGUUAGAAAUGUCAAAGCUCGUACCCGAGAUUGUGAGAACGUUAGAUUUGGACCUGACGAUCUCGAAAGAGCAAUGGAAAACAAUCAACUAUUGGUUUGUGAAGCCAGAGCGCUUACCGGUCACUGUGCGUGAUCGUGACACGAUGGACUCUGAAAAAGUGCUAUAG